UCGACGAAAGCACACCGCGUGGCAGAGUGAAAAGUAUCCUUUUACAUGAACCUUGGUUUUGUGUGGUUUGUUUUAAGUUUAUGUUUUAAUUGGUGUGUCAGUGUGAGCAAAAAUGUCCUACCUUCGGAACAUAAGUGCACCCUCGAAGGGUGGUGGUGACAAUAAUUCGAUAAGCAAUCACGUCGAGAGUUUAGAAGAUGAUAUAUGCUCAUCCGAGGGGGAUGAUGCGUCAUCCCCUAAUCAUCCCCAAACUGUGCAAUUUAGUACCUCUUCUCUGGGUCACAUUUACUUGUGCAACUCGUACAACAACAAUAACAGUGCUGGUGGUGGUGGUGGAGGUGGGGGCUCUCCCCAACCACACCCUUUACUAAUACCUGCUCCUCAUUCCUUCCAGAACUUGUCUCGUUCUCUCCACCACAACCAGAGUCAGUAUUCUUCUUUCAGUGAUGGCAAAGUUGUCGGAGGGUUGAUUGUUCCAAAUGGGGGAGAUUUUUGUGGAGAUUGGAUACCUCCACAUCACACCACGACGACGAGCUAUACUUCCCCAAUGCGAGAAAUGGAAGCGUGCCUGCUAACUGCAGGGAAAGCAAAAGCCUCGACUCCGACUGGUACCAGUGGAAGCAAUCAAAGCGCAUGUUCUGCCUCAGCGACAAAUCAGGGACCGUGCUUUGGACAAAGUUCUCAAAAGUCCACCCAUCGUCUUGGCACGGGGUCUAGUACAACAAUGGGAUUAACAAUGGCUCGCUUUGUGGGUGGACGGCACAAAGGAAAAGGGAGUAUGAACAGUGGAGGUGGAAGUAAUGGUGGAUCCAAUUCUCCUAAGCUGCCCAUUCACGAUAAGCUGAUCAAUGUGUCGGCCACAUUAGAGAUGAAAACUUUGUGGGACGAGUUUCAUGAAUUGGGAACGGAAAUGAUAGUGACGAAGGCUGGGAGGAGAAUGUUUCCAACUUACCAAGUUCGGCUCUUUGGAAUGGAUCCUCUCUCUGACUACAUGCUUAUCAUGGAUUUUGUUCCCGUGGAUGACAAACGGUACAGAUAUGCGUUUCAUAGUUCUAGCUGGAUUGUGGCAGGAAAGGCUGAUCCAAACUCUCCACCCAGGAUUCACGUUCAUCCAGAUUCCCCAACCAAAGGAACCCAUUGGAUGAAACAAGUCGUGUCCUUCGAUAAGCUCAAACUCACCAAUAACCAGUUGGAUGAUAAUGGACAUAUCAUUUUAAACUCUAUGCACCGUUACCAACCUCGAUUCCACGUUGUCCUCGUCAACGGAAAGAGUGAGGAUGUUUCGCAAACAGAAAACUUUAAAACUUUUGUCUUCACAGAGACAAAGUUUACGGCCGUUACGGCUUAUCAAAAUCAUCGGAUAACACAACUCAAGAUUGCGAGCAACCCAUUUGCCAAAGGGUUUAGAGACUGUGAUCCCGAUGACUGCAGCGUUGUCGAAGGACUAGGCCACCAAGCAGUGGGGACAUCGAAUCAGCCCCACUCGUCAUCGUCCACUUCCACGAUAUCCACGCCCACCCCGAUCGUGGCCACGUCGUCAGCACCUUCCACCCUCACGAACGUCGACUCGCCUCUGGGGUUCUGCGGGGGAGGAGACCAUUCCCAGGUUCAGCAGCAGCAACACGUCCCUUCCUCGUCGGACAGGACCAGUGCAGCGUCCCACCAUCACAACCACCUCACCUCCAUCGUCCCCUCGUCAACGUCCUCCUCCUCCUCAUCCUCUCUCUGCAAUGGGGGGAAUUUCCCCCAGCACUUCCACCCACUGUGUGUCUCACCACCCACGCCGGAGGGUGGAGUGAUAAAGGACCCGCUUUGUAAAGGUAAAUCGAGUCGUGUGGAAGAGAGGGAUGAAUUGGGGUCGGUGCGUGGAGAUGAAGGUUUCAUAAUUGGUAAAAACUAUCGCGAGUUUUCUCAACCUUAUGGAGGUGAGGUGUCGCAGUAUGGUCCGGUUUCCUAUUUCCCUCACAAUUAUCCUAAAUUACGCAAUUUUAUUGCACAAUCUCCUUAUGAUACGCAUUCAAUGUAUAAUACAUAUUCACUGUAUCGACACGCUAAGGUUCCUUCUAAUAGCUCAGAGUGAAGUAACGAAUAAACAGUACUAAAAUUUCAAAUCAUUCA